CCCGGGAUGCAGUGCUUGGCCGCCGGCAUUUAAACGGGAGACAGCGAGAUGCCCGACACUCGGUGCGCCCUUCGCGGACCGGACGAUUCAGUGCACUUGGUUAGCGUCACCCUCAGUCCGGCUGCGCCGAGCCGAAGCGACUUGAGCUGUGGCCGCACCCAGCACCACGCAUCGAGAGGUAGGGCCGAAAGACUCACUACACUGACAGACACGGGGAAUCACUGUGUUGCUUAGGCUGGUCUUGAACUCCUUGGGCUCAAGCAAUCCUCCUGCCUCAGCCUUCUGAGCAUCGGGUUUACAGUAUGAGCCGCACCGCCUACACUGUGGGAGCUUUGCUUCUCCUGUUGGGGACCCUGAUGCCGGCUGCAGAAGGAAAAAAGAAAGGGUCCCAAGGUGCCAUUCCCCCGCCAGACAAGGCUCAGCACAAUGACUCCGAGCAGACUCAGUCGCCCCAGCAGCCUGGCUCCAGGAACCGGGGGCGGGGCCAGGGGCGGGGCACUGCCAUGCCAGGGGAGGAGGUGCUGGAGUCCAGCCAAGAGGCCCUCCACGUGACCGAGCGCAAAUACCUAAAGCGAGACUGGUGCAAAACCCAGCCGCUUAAGCAAACCAUCCACGAGGAGGGCUGCAACAGCCGCACUAUCAUCAAUCGCUUCUGCUAUGGCCAGUGCAACUCCUUCUACAUCCCCAGGCACAUCCGGAAGGAGGAAGGCUCCUUUCAGUCCUGCUCCUUCUGCAAGCCCAAGAAAUUCACCACCAUGAUGGUCACACUCAACUGCCCCGAACUACAGCCACCCACCAAGAAGAAGAGGGUCACACGUGUGAAGCAGUGUCGUUGCAUAUCCAUCGAUUUGGAUUAAGUCACAUUCAGCCUGUCCUAGGGAUGCAGCCCCAGGCAGGCCCAGAGCCACACCUAAGCAACCUGAUUCUUACUUGGCUUAAAUCUAGAGGCCAGAAGAAAAAGCGGCUGCCUCCCAACCAGAGCCUGCUUGUCCGUAGUUUGUGUGCAUGAGUCUGCCUGGGUGUCUGAGGGUGUUUUCAGACACCAAAGGAAACAGUCUCUGAUAGAGUUCACUUCCUACUAUUAUCUGCUUUAAACAGGGAUGGUCAAAAUGCCCACACCACCCCUGGCAUCCACAGAGGCAGGGCUGUGGUCUGGAUCUGCCUUUGUCUUCCAUGUGCCCCCUGGGGACCAGGAUCUCCCUUCAGAAUGAAUGUUAAUGGAAGAGGCUACUCUGAGGGCAAGAGACUCAUUUGUGUGUUGUGUUAGACUCAGAGACGUUAUUUUCAGCUUUCUUCCUCCCUUCUUUCUCUCUUUCACACUCCUUCCUUUCUUAGGUUCUCAGAGUCUAUUUCAGUCUCAUCCCAUGUCUGCCAAGGCUUCUAAAUUAAUUUGAUUGACCAUGGAUGUAAACGUUUUUCAUAUUGUGAAGACUCACCAGAUUCUGGGGAGGCUGGUGUGAUUGAUGACAAUCAGGACAGGGCAGCGACCAAGAGAGCAUUGAGGGUGAGGACCAGUCACGGCCGGCAGAAUUCAGCAGGGAGAUGUGCAGAGAACUGGAAGGCCUAGUCCAAACACAGCGAGGCCCAUGCUUCAGUGAAAGGGUUUCCUGGUAUUUAAAAGAACCCAAGUGAACAGAGGAGAAAUAAGAUUGCCAAAAUAUCAUUGACUUUGGCUGUCACUGGGAUCUACCAAAACUAGCUAUAACCCAACACCAAACUUAAAUAUCGACCACCCCUGUUUUCAGAACCAAGUAAUCAAGCGAAACCCAAAUAGCUCCGGCUGUUUUGUCCCACAGGUGGACAAUUGAUGUAGUUUAGAACCUUCCGUGCAGGAAUAGAAAAAAGCCCAAAACUUCCUAGGUUGAGGUACUAACAUUUUUUCCUUGGUUAUAAUCACCUUUUCCUCAAAUCAUUGUUCCUACAAAAUGCUCCCGAAAGCCACAACCCUGUAUUAGAAACAUUCCGCAUCUGCUGAGUAUACUUGACAGGAAAGGUCAGUCUAAGCUGAGAGUUUAGGGCCUGCUCCAUUUUAGCUAUAAACCUAUUUGGGGUGGUUUUGUAUGGCCUCUUGUUAGAAGACUGAACUAGAGAGAAGAGAGAGUAAGGAAAUAAGCAGGAUUGCCUCUGGCAUGGUAAUAGUUAGCUUUUAACACCUGGAGGAGAGGUGAGGGGUCUGACCUCCCCUUCUUCAUAUGUUCUCUGGCAUGGUAAUAGUUAGCUUUUAACAAGGACCCUUGGAGCUGUCCAUCUGCUACAAGUGGGAUCUGUGGGACAUAGCAACCACUCUGUACCUACCGGAGGUGCUUUCCACUGAGGAAACUUGGGGCUGCUUGCAAAAUGCCUAUAUAGACUUUUUCUAAUGACCAAAGUGUAGGGUAUGAGAACCUUACUGCACUUUGAAUUUGGCUAAGCUAUUCUUUUCAAGCCUGAAGUUCUAUAUAUAAAUGCCCCAUUGUUUUUUUUUUUUUUUGCCUUUAUCUUCUCAGCUUUUGUAGCCAAGUCAGUGUCAUUUGGAAAACAAACAUCAGAGAUUUGGGAUUCAGUUGCCCAUCAAGAUUCCAGCAUUCAAAGAACCAUUGCAGUUAAAGAAGCUGUUUUUAUGUUGCUUUUGUUGUGGGUUAGUGCUCUCCCAUCUACCAACAGGAGCCAUGCCUUUAGACAGAAGGCAUGAACACCCAAAAUGUUGGGUCUAAUUUUAAAUAUUUAUAAAUCACUACUGAUGAUUCUACGUUAGGCAAAUUCAUGCAAACACAUAGUCUAUGCAUUUCAUAUACACUGUAUUCUCCUGCCCUAAAUCUUUGUAUCAUCCACAUCCUCCAACAAUAAAGCACAGCAUGGAUUUAAUUAAGCACACAAAUGCAAAGGCAGAAUUUUGAGGGUGGGGGAAAGGAAAAGAAAGGGGAAGAAGCUUUAAAUAUAAAACCACACCAGAGAGGAAAAAUGACAUUCAGAACCAGCAAACAUUGAAUUUCUCUUGUUGUUUUAAUUCUGCCACAAGCAUGCAAUUUUGUUAAAAAGAGAUGACUUAAGUUGGCAGCAGCAAUCUUCUUUUAGGAGCUUGUACCACAGUCUUGCAUGUAAGUCAGAUUUGGCGCAAGUAAAGAGAAUUUCCUCAAAAUUAACUUCACCAGAAUAAUCAGCAGCAUAAAUACCCUAGAAGCACAGCACUAGCCAAAGAGGAAAAUGUCUGCUUUUCUUACUGUGCCUGUAUUAAGAUGAGCACAAGUAUGGUGUGGCUUCCAACAUUUAUUGAAAACACCAUAUCUGUUACUUAUUUUAUUGGAGUCACCAAUGAUGUAAUGAUAUAUAUUUUUGCAUUAUUGUAGUAGGAUUUUUCUAUGGCAAGAUAGUUGUGAUCUUGAUCUUACCUAUCAAAAAAAAAAUACCAAACACCAAAGAUGAAUUUUAUGAUGUACACUUUGUGCUUGGCAUUUGAAGAGUAAAUACACAUCUUGUAAGUCUGUAAGUUGUUUUUUGUUACUGUCAUUCUUCAAAGUUAAAAGUUGUAUGAAAAAAAAUCUGGAGGAAAGGAUAAUUUCCACUGUGUGGAAUGUGAAUAGUUAAACAAAAAGUUAUGGUUAUUUAAUGUAAUUAUUAAUUCAGAUCCUUUGGUCAUUGUGAUUUCAAGCUUGCUUUCUUUUUCUCCUUCAUAUGACUUCCUCUGAGUUAGGAGAAGAAGCUGGCACAUUGUAUGUUGAUAGAGACUUGUCAGGGCAGAGAAAAAUACCAUCUUACACGUAUUAAGAUGUGUUACAUAGUCAAGACCUGAGCUAUUAUUUUUUUUAAAUUGAAUGGUCCUUAAAGGUUAACGUUUCUGAAGCAAUAUUAGGAAGGACUUUCAGUGUGAUUUAGGGAGACUUAAGAUGAGUGUGUACAAACAUAUAGUGGAUAAUGAUGAGUAGUUCAGAGAGUCCUUUUAAAGAGGAAAUUUAAAAUGAAGUUAGGGACAAAACAUUUCUAAGUGACCAGUUGAUGCUAAAGAGUGAAAGGGUGAAAGUAGUUCUGUUGAUUUGUUAUUACUCAAGAUAUUUAAUAUCACCUACAUUAUAUAUUGAGUCUGCUUUAAUCAUUGAAAAACAACAAAGAAUUGUCUAGACUGUGAUGGAACUACCUUGCUGUAUAUGAGGGUGAGAGGGGAUUUGAUAGUGUCAUAAAAGCUAUUUUGGCUUAAAGUUUUACGAAUCUGUAACUAGAAUUUAAUUUUCUCCCCAAUAAUGUUCUAUAUAAUGUUUGCCAAAGAGCAACCAAUAAAUUAAAUCUCUAUUUUU